AUGUUCGAGCAAGUCUUCUUGACGGCGUCGACGCUGAGGUUGAAGACUAUACUCGUCAGUAUCCCAUUGCUCGCCGCAACCUCGUUAUUGGCAUGGAUCUUCUACACCCUGUUUCUUCACCCUCUGGCGAAGUACCCAGGUCCCCGCCUGGCGGCUAUCACGCGGCUGUGGUAUGUUCGCCAGCUUCAGAGGGGCAAAUUUCCAACGCAGAGCAGGGAGCUGCAUAAGACUUACGGACCGAUCGUUCGAAUCGCACCGGACGAAGUGAGCUUUAGUGACCCAAAGGCUGGGCUUGCGAUUUACAAUGUCAAGACGAAGUUUCCAAAGGACAAAUUCCAGACCGACUUCUACAGCACGUGGAGUCUGAAGAACUUCGAUACCAAUGAAGAGAAGAUAUUCAGCGAUGUCGACGAAGUACAUGCCGCAAACCGUCGAAAACUUCUGCUGCCAUCGUACUCCAUGUCCAGUGUGCUCGAGGCGGAGACGUCCAUCGAUCAGUACACUGAGCUUCUGCUGAAAAGAUUCAACGAGCUUGGUGAAAGGGAUGAAGAGUUGAAUCUGGUCUGGUGGCUGGAGAUGUACGCUUUGGAUGUCAUCGGCGACCUCUUCUACGGCCGCUCAUUCGGCCAUCUCGAAGCCGGUGGAGAUGCUCACGGCUGGCUAGCGUCUAUUGAGACUUUUCUCAUAUUCAUCACGAUUCAUGCUUCUUCGCCCCCCUAUCUGCGGCCGCUGCAUGAUCUAUGGCAAGCGCUCACGAACAAAGCGUUCAGGGGCUCAUUGGGGACCACCGUUGGCAUCCGUGACACGUCUAUCAAGAGGGCUGAAGAGAGACAAACUAUCAUAGACGAAGGAAAGUCAGCACCGAGGAAGGAUUUACUGGCGAAGUUCAUGGACUUGCAGAAGGAAAAGCAAAGGAGCGACUGGCAGCUUCCAGACAUUCAGCAGGAGGGUUUCGUUGCGCUAUUUGCUGACAGUGAUACCACCGCGAUAGCCAUGUCCUCCAUGUUACAUGGUAUAAUGGCCAAUGCAGACGUCAUGUCCAAGGUUCUGAAAGAACUACGCGAAGCUCUGUCAGACGGCACGAUCACACUUCCAGUGCGAUACUCAGACUCCAUCAAGCUGCCCUACAUGUCGGCUUGUAUCAAGGAAGGCUUCAGACUCCAUACCAGUACCGGUGUGACCAUGUCUCGAUUUGUGCCUCCUGGAGGAGCUGAGAUAGCUGGUGAACGGUUCCCGGCGGGCACGAGGGUGGGCUGUAAUAGUCAUGUCACGCACUUCGACAAGGAGACAUUUGGGCCAGAUGCGGUUGAGUUUGUUCCGGAGAGAUGGCUGAAGGGGGAUGCAGCGAGCAUGGAGAGACACAUGUUACAUUUUGGAGGUGGCACCAGGACAUGCAUCGGAAAACACGUUGCCCUCGCAGAGAUCCACAAACUUCUUCCGCAUCUUCUUCUGGAGUUUGACUUGCAGCUGGUGGAUCCCAAGGCGCCCAUCAUCAGCGAUGGGCAGUGGUUUGACAAGCCUUUGAAUAUCAUCGUCAAGGCCCGCCGUCGGAUUCCAGAGCAAGCUUGA